AUGAUGGAGCCCGCGGUAUCGAACGGCGGUCCUGUCGCUGAGGACAAUAUUAUCAACCGUCGCGGUGGUGAAUCGAUCUAUCAGAGCUGUGUAAACCUCAAAAAACGGCUGGCUGAGGUGCCAAAUUUCGAACCCCACUUGCGAGAGAUGGAGGAGGAGGACGAGAGACUGGGCAACACUGACCCUGUCGCAUCGCUUUGGAAUUGCCUUCGAAAUGGAUACCCCUUGUUGACCAUCUACAAUGCCUCUGAUCCUCCCGAGCUCCUCGAGAUCGAUCCCUCCAAGGUUCCCGAGGCGAAACGUCCCAAAGCCGCCACCUUCAAGUUUCUACAGGCGUCGCUGCAGGAGCUGGCCUUUCCCCAGCAGGAUUGCUUCUUGAUCACCGAUCUAUAUGGCGACAGUACGACUGGCUUUAUCAAGGUGAUCAAAAUGGUGAAUCGCGUUUUGGAUAUCCUGGAGAUGCAGGGCCAGUUGAAGCGGUCUUUGGAUUCCACAACAUCGGCUCCAGCGAAAGGGGCGGUGAAGCUCACCAAGAGGGAGUUCAUUCUCAAGGAGUUACUGGAGACAGAACGCGACUACGUCCACCACCUACAGAAUCUGCAGGCUCUCAAGAAGGAACUAGAGGAGACAGGGGCUCUGACUGGAGAUGCUAGCCACCAGAUUUUUCUCAACUUGAACAAUCUCCUGGAUUUCGCGCAACGGUUUCUUAUUCGGAUGGAACAACAUUACGCCCUACCUGAGGAUAAGCAAAACUGGGGCGAGCUUUUCAUUCAGCACGAGGAAGCUUUUCGACAAUAUGAGCCAUUCAUCUCGAAUCAAAUGCGCUGUGAUGAAGUCUGCCUCAAAGAGUGGGAUAAGAUUCGGUCAGCACCGCGGCCGCUCGACCUUCAGCAGAUGGUCGCUCAGCCUGCAACUCUGAACAGUUUCUUUGUCAAGCCUUUCCAGCGCAUGACAAAGUACCCCCUGAUGCUUAUGGAACUGCGCAAACAAACCGAGGAUCCUGAUCUCCAAGCUGAUAUCACAAAAGCAAUUGACACCAUCCAGUCUGUUCUCGACUCCGCAAACGACGCGAUCGACAAGGAGCACCUAGCGUCGGCCUUUCUCGAUUUAGAUGAACGAGUAGACGACUGGAAGGCUCUGAAGAUCGACUCGUUCGGCGAAUUGCUCCGCUUUGGCACAUUCACUGUCUUGAAAGGCGACACGGGAAAGGAUUCUGAACGAGAGUACCACAUUUAUCUCUUCCAGCGGAUAUUACUCUGCUGCAAGGAUAUCAACCCCAACAAACAGAAAACGAAAUUGAUGGUGAGCAAGGAUAAGCCGGCCACAACUAUCAAGGGCAAGCCACGUCUACAGCUGAAAGGUCGCAUCUACAUGGCCAAUGUGACGGAUAUCGUUUGCCUUCAAAAGCCAGGUAUGAGCGGCGAUCCCGGUGUUGUGGACAAUUUCAUCAUCCGUUUCCAGAAUGAGGACGUAAUGCGCAAAUGGUACAAGGAGAUUGACACGCAGCGAGCGAUCCAAGCGGAGCAACGCAGUGCCCGAAACACAGGUACCUCCGAAACGGAAUUCAUGUACAUGAAGGGCAUUGCGAACAUGCCGAAUCCUUAUCAGCAAGAGUACGACGCUGAAGAGCAGAGCACCAAGGAAGCAGCGUUCUUCUCCGAGUUUCCAAUGAGCCGUAAUGCUUCCAGCACGAGUCUUCGAACCCGGUCCGCAACGGGGGGGAGCGGGAGCUCUGGACCUCCACUGUCGUCCGGCCGGCAAACUCGCUUCCCGCCGGACCCUAGUCUGUCCGUCCACACGCAGUUCACGCCCGGUAGCAUGUCACCUGCAGAGAGGAAUAUGAACUCGUACUUCUCCCCUGUCGCCGAGACACCGUCGACCAGAUCGAGUUCCCAGUCCACUGGUUACUCGUAUGGGCGCCAGGGCACACCGUCGAACAACUGGAAUGAGGAGCCUAAUCGCUACACCGCUCCUGCAUUGUCUCGUGGCGUAUCCAGAGAUGGGACCAACUUCUUCAACAACGCGCCCAAUGGCCGGGGUACUCGACCUUCCCUUCCGCCUUUGGCAGGACAAACCAACGCCAACGGCAUGGCGCAAAGAAUGCGCUCCGCUAGCAGCCCGGACAUUCACCAUCACAACCCCGAAUCGCGUCGGUAUAUGGGAGCCCACACGAUGCAGACCGUAGACAACGUUCCGGUACCACCCAUUCCUGCUCAUAUGGCCAGUAUGAAGGCGCCAGUGAACAGAAGCCAGAACAAUUCGCCUACCGGUAUAAAUCUUCCGAUUCGCAACGGCCACAGCCAGCAAGCCUCGACCCAUUUCCACGAGCCUCAAUAUUCAGAGUCUCGAGCCACUGGGCCCGCGUCCGAUCAACCGACGUCUCCACUGAGCCGUGAGCCCGACGAAGACCCUCUCAUGCCGACCCAGCUCAAAGCCAAGGUCAACUUUGAUGACAAUUACGUGACCUUGGUCAUUGCCAGUAAUAUCAUGUUCCGAUCGCUCACUGAUCGGGUGGAUGCCAAACUGGCCCGGUUCACCAAUCGAUCCAUUGGCAAUAAGUCAGUUAGAUUGCGCUACCGGGACGAAGACGGAGACUUUGUUACGAUUGACAGCGACGAGGCUGUCCAGCUAGCCUUCAUGGAAUGGCGCGAGCAGCACCGGGAUAUGCUGGCGAAGGGCCAAGUAGGGGAGAUACAACUCUACUGCCAAGUGGUUGAGAAUUAG